CUACAGAUAAAGUGGUAUAGGCCAAUGAAUACGUACGCGAGGCUGGGAAUCACCUAACACAAGUUACCUGUGUCGGACUUAUCAUUUCUCAUCAUUCGAUCAUGGGCAGGUCACACGGAACUAAUAAGUACCAACUGCUUGGACGUGCGCACGUGACAACAGGUAAAAACAAAAGAAGACACAGCAGGAUUUUUGACAGGCCUAACAUCAUGACGAAGCAGACAGUCGCACGGAACGUCGGUAUUAUUGGAACCGGCAACUUCGCGCGUGCGUUGGCAAAUCGCUUAUACUAUGCUGGGUACAAUGUCAUCAUUGGGAGCCGGAAGCCGGACGAUCGGACGCUGGCCUUCGUUGACGAGUGUAUGUGUAACGUCAAUAUCACAUCCAUUGAGGACUGUCUGAAGCGUAACGCCAUUAUCUUCGUGGCAGUUCACGCCGCAAACUACAAAGAUUGCCUGUCGGCUCACUCCGAGAACUUACGUGGCAAAAUUCUCAUAGACGUUUCAAACAGAGACCACCCAAGUAAAACCGAUAGCAACGCGGAGUAUCUAAGCAAGCUUAUACCUGCCGCCAUUGUGGUUAAAGGGUUUAACGUCAUUUCCGCCUACGCCAUGGAGAUUGACAGCAGUGGUGGUAGCCGGCAAGUGUUCAUCGCCAGCGACAGUAAUGAAUCACGGGAAAGAGUAUCGGUGAUUGCCCGUGAUAUGGGCUUUGCACCUGUUGACAUGGGACUCCUCCAAUCAUCGAGAAAGAUCGAAGCAUUCCCACUGAAGCUUUUACCAGCCUGGAGAGGGCCUAUCGCGUUUGCCAUUGGCGUUUUCAACAUAUGGCUUUUAUAUAUAAUUUUCAUUUACUUUGUCGAGAAAACUGCAUACCGAUGGGAUCAAAUAUUUGUGAAAGUGCUCAACAAACCGCUGUGUAUGACUGCAAUAACCCUGAUAUCAUGUGCAUAUCUCCCUAGUUCCGUUGCCUCAUUUUUCCAGAUAUAUUACGGAACUAAACACAUCCGUUUCCCGGCAUGGCUUGACCGUUGGCUCAAAACGCGCAAACAGUUGGGACUAGUGGCCUUCACCUUGGUAGUCGUACACGUGAUCAUGUCUGUUCUCAUCAUGAGCCCGACAUACCUGAGUUCGUGGUAUGAAUCAACAUCCAUUACGAUUCCGGGUAAUCUCACCCAUGACGUCACUGUGCCUCUCAAGACGUGGAUGGUAUGGAAGGGAGAAGCGGCCUGUCUCGCAGGCAUCCUCGCCUUUAUCUCCAUGUGUAUCAUCGCCAUAUCCACCAUACCAUCCGUGACUGACACACUCAAUUGGCGGGAGUGGAGAUUCGUUCAAUCAAAACUCGGACACUUCACCUUGUUCUUUUCGCUUGUUCACGUGGUUGUAAUGGGAGCACCUGGUUGGGCUAAAGGACCAAUGGUCAUGAUUCGAUCAAUCACAUUUCUAAGUUCUAUUUUACCAUUUCUGACACUCCUUUGUAAACUGGUGCUUUCUCUACCGUGUAUCGGUUGUUAUGUUAAGAAAAUACGCCGUGGAUGGGAGCGAUGUCCAGCCGAUUGUAGAGCAGAAUGCGCUCAAAAGACCAGAAAAUCCUUUACACCCGGGUAUAUUAUCGUACCACGACACAACGGGUGUGAUCAGGAUUCGAACGAAGUCAUGAUUUCCAUUGAGGAAAGACAAGGCUGUGUAUGCGAGAACACGUCGACAGUGUGACAACUGACACGAGAACACGUCGACGGUGUGAAAACUAACAUGAGAAUACGUCGACGGUGUAAAAACUGACACGAGAACACGUCGACGGUAUGAAAACUGACACGAGAACACGUCGACGGUGUGAAAACUGACACGAGAACACGUCGACGGUGUGAAAACUGACACGAGAACACGUCGACAGUGUGAAAACUUGACACGAGAACACGUCGACAAUGUGAAAACUGACACGAGAACACGUCGACGGUGUGAAAACUGACACGAGAACACGUCGACAGUGUGAAAACUGACACGAGAACACGUCGACGGUGUGAAAACUGACACGAGAACACGUCGACAGUGUGAAAACUGACACGAGAACACGUCGACGGUGUGAAAACUGACACGAGAACACGUCGACAGUGUGAAAACUGACACGAGAACACGUCGACGGUGUGAAAACUUACACUUCAGUUUAAAGAACUUUAGUGAAGGAUACAGCAAUAUGAAUGGUCUCUAGAGUUUGUAUAUUUAUUUAUCUUUGUUUGAUAAUUGUUCUGUUUUCAGUGCUGCAUUGUUUUUAUUAAUACCAGUAAAGUGCUUACAAGAAAUAAA